CGCUCAAAUGUCCGUAGCCUACUCUCUCUCUCUCUCUCUCUUUCUCUCUAUGGCGAUUCCGAUGGACUCGAUGAUCUUCGCUCUUUCACUUCUAUUUUUCAUUUCUGCAGCAUUUUCAAUCUCAGAAUCUCCAUUCAUAGUCGCGCACAAGAAGGCCACCCUCACAAAUCUCCAAUCCGGCAUCGACCGCGUCUCCGUCUCCAUCGACGUCUACAACCGUGGAUCUGCUUCUGCAUUUGAUGUCAGUCUCACUGAUAAUAGCUGGGGUCAUGAAGUAUUUGAUAUUGUUAGUGGCAACUAUACCAAAACAUGGGAAAGACUUGAUGCUGGAUCUCAUGUUUCCCACUCCUUCGAGUUGAUGUCCCAAGUGAAAACCAGGCACUUUGGUGCACCUGCUGUCAUCACAUUUCGAGUCCCCAAGAAUGCCAAACUCCAGGAGGCAUAUUCAACUCCAAUCCUACCACUGGAUAUCCUUGCCGACAAAACUGCUGAACAGAAGUUUGAAUGGGCGAAGAGAUUUGUCACGAAGUAUGGCUCCCUAAUUUCUGUCAUCUGCAUUGUUACUCUAUCCGGUCACCUUAUCACUUCUCCUUCCAAAUCCAGCGAUGGAAAGGGAAACAAGAAAAGGCGAUAAGAAUUGCAGUUUGUUUUCCUUUUCCCGGCAAAGAAAUAACAUUGGCUCUUAUAGUCGAAGUAGUUUUUAAACACAGGAUGUACCUUUCAAAAGAAAUUUUGUUGAAUAACUGCUAAUGAUUCAGUUUUGAAAUCUGGUUAUUAGCAUCGAGAUACUUUUGAUUUUGCGUUGAAAAUUUCCGCUGAGAUAA